AUGGCAAAUCCAGCAGAAGUUUCAGCAAUUGAACAAAUUAGAAUGCAUCUUCUUGGAGAGUUUUCUCCAAGCGAGGUUUCGUUUGCUGCCGAGAUCGAUAAUUGCAGCAAAGCUAGUAGCAUAAGUUCAUCAGUUCAAUUUGACAAUUCAAUUUCGGUUUCUGAUUAUUUCAUGAACUGUGAGCGGAAUCAAUUUGAUUUUAGCGAGUUUUCAAGCCCGGAAUCCGUAGAUUUGGGGCAAAAUCAACUAAACACUCAAAUUAUAGACCUCACAUUACCCAAGGCGAAAAUUUUGACUGAGAGGAAUCCUUCACUGCAGAUUGAAUUGCCGGCGGUGAAGAAAUUAGGCUGGAUCGACUUCUCAGAGUCGAACUCGGCGGCGACGGUGCAGGACAACUCGGUUGUGGUGGAGAAGUGUCAUUACAGAGGGGUACGACAGCGGCCAUGGGGAAAGUACGCGGCGGAAAUCAGGGAUCCGAAGCGGCGUGGCUCUCGCCUUUGGCUCGGAACGUUCGACACCGCCAUCGCAGCCGCAAAAGCUUACGACAUGGCGGCAUUCAGGAUGCGAGGAAGCAAGGCGAUUCUGAACUUCCCAGUGGAGAUUCAGAUGGAAAUAUGCGAAUCAGAUGCCGCCAUGGACGUAGGGAGGAAGCGGCGGAGAGAAGCGGAGGUGGUGAAAGAAGUGAUAGAAAACAAGACGAUAAAACUCGAAACGGAAAUAAAAAAUGAAAUGACGGAAUGGCCAUUAACGCCGUCAUGCUUGGGCUCGAUUUGGGAUCAGAGCGGGAUUGGGACAUUUAACUUUCCGCCAUUAUCUCCAUUAUCUCCGUUCGGUUAUCAACAGAUUAUUGUCAUAUGA